CCCCCCCCCCCCCUCCCCUUCCGGGCCGUGUCAAGCGGCGCCACCAACGUGGAGCGCGGAAGGUCCCUCCCGCGGGGCGUCGGGUGGGCGCGCGCGGGCCCGGGCAGCCGCAGCCGUUAAGCCGCCGCGCUCGCUCGCUCGCUCCGCGGGGCCAGGGGCGGCAGGCAGCGGGGCAGGCCGCGCCGCCGGGAUCACCUGUUGGCCCGGGCCGCCCGCUGCACACCACCCCGAUCCUUCCCCACCCCCCCCCCCCCCCCCCCCGCUCCUUCCCGCCGCCGUUGGGAGCGGUCGCCGCCGCCAUGGCGGAGACCGAGGAGAGGAGCCUCGACGACUUCUUCGCCAAGCGGGACAAGAAAAAGCGGAAGGAGAAGAGCAGCCGAGGGGCGGCCGCUGCCGCCGCCGCCGCCAGCGCCUCCAACGCUGCCUCUAACGCCGCGGGGGCGGCCGCGGCGGCCGGGGGAACGCGCCCGGCGGAUGGCAGCGGCUCCGGGGCCGCCGCGAACAACGCCGGCUCCGCCAAGACGGCGACCAAGGAAGAGGAUGAUUGGAAGGAGUUCGAGCAAAAGGAAGAAAUUGAUUAUAGUGGUCUUAGAGUUCAGUCCAUGCAAAUAAGUGAAAAAGAAGAUGAUGAAAGUGAAAAAAGAGAAGAACCUGGUGACAACUGGGAGGAGACUGGUAGUGGUAUAGACAGAUCAUCUGGUCCUUGGAACAAGUCAGCUCCUGCACCAGCACCUGUUGUUGAACCAAUUGUUACAGAAACCCCAGAACCAGUUCAGACUGGUGGUGUCUACAGGCCGCCUGGUGCCAGGGAGGGUGGCAGGCCACGACGAGCACAGCAAGGACCACCAGAAAUCUAUAGUGAUACGCAGUUUCCAUCACUGCAGUCCACUGCCAAGCUUGUAGACAGUCGAAAGGAUAAAGAAAUGGAGAAGAGCUUUGAAGUAGUAAAACACAAAACUAGAGGUAGGGAUGAGGUCUCAAAAAACCAGGCACUUAAACUUCAGCUAGACAACCAGUAUGCUGUGCUUGGGGAUCAGUAGAGCUGCAUACACAUUACAAUUAAGGAAUGCUUUUUUGGUAACCCUUCUACUAAGGUAACUAAACUACAGCUAACGGCUAUGAUGAACAUGCCACCUUAUUUCUGCUGGAUCUACUGCAGCAAGUGCAGACUACUUUGACGUAAGUGAUUGGUUCUCCUGCACUAUGGAAGCAUAAUAUGUUACAACUUCUCCAUUGGAUAUGGGGCAAAUUAUUGUAAUGAUUGAACAAGAGUCAUCAGUGUUCUUUAAUUGCUGAGAAAGAUACCUACAGCCAGUGGUCAUUUCAAAAUCUUUUUAUGUUCAGAUACUGAGCCUUCGUAAAGGUUGACUACCUCAGACUUGCUGCACUCAUUGUGGACACCAUGUGGAUCACAACUUCUGGAAGAGAAGGUUACAGCUGUUUUAGUGGCCAUCUGAAACUUGAAACCAGCUCUACUGGAUUCCUGUCAGAAAUCCUGCAGAAGUCAGCCAUUUGGUUCCAAUUUGCUAUAACAAAGAUUUAAGUGACCUUAAUGACAAACCUAUUCUGUUCCCCUUCUGAGGAAUCCUGUCAUGUGUAGCCAUAGCCUACUAGAGACUCCUGAAGUGUACCAUACCACUCAUACUAUCCAAGUAUAACAGAGCUGUAGUUUGUUUACCUUUUUAGAUAGCUGUACUGAAGUAACUACAAAACAAAUUAAAACUCUCAGUAUCAGAUUUGAGGAAUGAUGGGUUUGAAUGGUCUGUUUGCAUUAGCCAUUUUCACAGUUGUCUGUUUAAGCAUUUUUUUUCUGUUCUCCACAAAAAAAUGCCUGCCUUGUUUCUGGUAUCAAAUUGGAGUAUAUUUAAAUAAUGAUGAGAUGUUGUAGUGAAAUAAGGUUUAUUUUGUUUUUUUUUGUCAUGGGGUUUGUCUUUCUUGCCCUAAAGCACUAAGACGAGUUUUGGUUUGACACAGAGGUAUCCAGACUUCAACUACAGUCCUCAGAAUUUGUCUUAUAAAAAUGAGAUACAUGGCAGUAGCGAUACUAGAUAAAAAUUUCUCCUCUAUUAAAAAUAGUUAUUUGUUUGUUGAAAGGUAAUGGUUACUUGAUAACCAAAAUAACUUAAUAAGCAGAUGGAUAACUAAAGCUGGUAAGCCUUAUUUGUUUGGCUACUUCUGUGAAGCAUGCAGGCUUUUUGAGGCAGAAAUCCUCUAAGUGAAAACUCAGAAAUGGUGUUUAUUCAGAGUCAGGAAGUUUAGUAACAAUUGAGGGCAGUGACUUCUAUGAGUCGUUGCCUCAUCACUGACUUAAUUUAGUGGAAGUAGGCAAAAUGGCACUGAUACACUAAGAAUAUAGGACGUUGCCCAUAACUCUGACUCAAUGAACGAAACCUGUCAAGUACCAAAAGUGCUGUACUGUAACUGUUUUUCUCUUCUCUGAAUUCUUAUACCAGAAGCAAAAUGAAGUACAACAGUGGCGUGCUCCAGUGUUGAGGUUUCUCAGAGUAAAUGCCAAAAAAUAGACCCAAUAUCUAUAAGAAUUGCCAAUGGCAAGAAAAACAAGGGAACAAAACAAAACUUGCUUAAGUGUGUGGGAGUAUUGUGUAUGUGCAGAUGAUGAGGAUAGUGCAGGAAUCGCCUAGUUGGGUUCCCUCUGACUAACUGCUGACUCGCUUUAAAUCUUCUUCUCUGAGGCCAAUAGGAAUUUUGCCGUUGACUUCAGUGGGGCUGGGGUUUCACCUGGUUCUUUUGUGCACAGACUAAAACUGGCCUUGCCCUUGCAGAGUUAACUGUCUCUAAAACUUCUGCUAGAAGCUGCUAUUAAAGAGAGGGCUCAAGAGACUAUUCUUAAAGUUGGAGACUUCAUUUGGAAACAAAACCCCACUGAAAGACUAAUACCAAUAGCUUGGACUCUGAGCCAUGUAUCUUCCUUGAGAAUAGAUUGUUGCCAGCAAAACUGUUGAUUUGUCACUAAAGAUUUCUGUGGAAUUCAUGGUAAAUGGACAUGUCACUUGGUGUGGUAGAAACGUGAACUCUUAAAACACUUCCCCUGAUGCUCUAAAGCGAUUGAGAUCACCAACGCACAUGAAUCAAGUUUUAGUCUACUGUAUGAAGGGUAGAUGAGACUGUCCAUUGUACCAUCUUUAUUUGAGGUUUUGGGCAUGAAUUCUGGCAGUUUAAGAAAACCCUGUAACAGUUUCAAAUCAAAUAAAAUGGAAAUAUAUGUGGAUUCUGGAGUCUAAUGAAUCUUUACCCGUAGUUGUAGCUUAUGACCGUACAACAGCUGAGGAAAUGCAGAGCAUUUGGAUCUCUUGAGGGAUAGGCCAUGGAGUGGGUAGUCAGCCUUAUGGUCAGAUGGGCUCUGUGUAAGAGCAGUGCAUAUUAAUACGGCUUUUAUUUAUACGUAGAAGUUUAGUUUGCUACCUGUCAGAGUGUCUUCUGACUCCCACCGUAUAGGACUGGUUUGAGAUGGUGAAUUGAGUAUGAAUGAAGCUUUGAUUUCCUUUUCACUUGCAAGUAGCUCUGCUAAAUUAAAUAAUGAAAAGGAAAAAAAAAAAGCCAACAAAAACCAAAACAACAACAAAAAAAACCCAAACAAAACAACCAACCUCUGAAUGGCUGCUGUCACCGGUGUCCAUCAGCUACUGAUAACUAGAGGUGUUUAUUUUGGGGGCUUUUCUUGGGUGUAUCAUUCCAGGUUCUUUCUGGAGGCAUAAAGGAAAAAAAAAUCAGAAAUGCAGCAGAUUCCAUAGUACAGAACAUUAAAAUAGUUUAAAGUGUUUCUUGUGUUAAAUAUCUCCGCCAGCAACUAUCAAAAUGCCAGUUGUGAGUAUCUUCCUUGUAACAAUUAAUUGUUCUGCAUGCCUGAAAUUUUGAAAAUCAGUCCUCUGUGGAAGCUCAGUAUGCUUUUGAGACUGAAGUCCAACUUUAUCUGGUUUGUUGUUGCAUUCAUUCAAGGCAUGCUAAGAACGUCCAUUUCAUUCCUUCAAAAUGCUUGUUGAAGGCUCAUUCCAUAAAUGAAGGAUUGCCAGUUGUAGAAAUGAAGAAAUUAGAUCCUUGAUACCAGUCAGUAACACACAGUUGUGUGCCAGUUCGGGAUCUUCCUAACCUGUAACAUGCGUUUAUGGUGGGUUAGUUAUUAAUUUCCAAUUUAAAGGUUCCAUUUUACUUUCUCUGGCUUAAAAUAAAAUAACACGGCCAUGAAGUUACCGACUUGCUAGUAAAACAUUUAAAUCUCCAGUACUUACUGGAAAAGGAACAAUAUUUUGUGGGUUUUAGUGAUAUAAUCUGUGUUUAAGGAAUGUUAAAAUGCUAAACGCUAUAGAAUGUUAUUAAAAGUUGGACUUCUCAAAUGCCUGCUGUAGGGAUCUGGCACCUAUAUUUACUUGAGCUGAUGAUAAAUGUAGGAAAGGAUUGGUUUUGCAACAUCUCUCACCCAACACAGCCCUGGUUUAGCUGUGCCAUGUAUAAUCUUACAAAUGAAGAAUUGACAACUAAAAGUGACCAUCUCCUGCUAAUUCAGUUUUGUCUUUGUAGCUAGCUUUACCAGUCAUGUCCAAAGAAACUCUCUUAGAAGACUUACAAAUAAUGGUACAAAUUGUGUUAGAGACCUGACACCAUAAUGACCAGGGGUUUCGGUAUUUGCAUCAAUUGGCUCUUCUCUUGGAAACUCUUUCACCACAACAUGGCUGAGACAUCUGUGCUGCUUAGGUCAAGUAAACACAAUAUAAAUUUGAUAGGACUGGGCAUCUUGGAGCUUGCUUAUCUGACCUUUUGCAACAGUUGUAUCUUUUUGUCCUUCAAAUUUCAGCCUGGUUGAGCAGUUUUAAACUUCCUUGUGGUUUUCUGUCAAAUACCAUAACUAAAAUAGAGCAGUGUAGUCUUUUUUUUAGACUGAGGGCUUUAUGUGCUUAAAAGGCGCUUGUUUCCAAGGUAGUAAUAUUAGUCUUACCAAUAUUGACAUAGUCAGAGAAAUGAAUACCUCCUAUUUUACAUGACCAGUUUGUAUCAGAGGCCCAAGAAACUAAAUUUUACCAAAACCACCUCAGGUAAUUAAAAAUCCCUAUGAAUAGCCACAAUCCAGGUUUUGUCACCUGACUGUAACUUAGUUCCCAAAUUGAUCCCUCUCCUGUUUUCAGUUUUUAAUUUCACAAAUUGGUUUUAAUGGUAAAUAGGGGCUUUAUUUGGGAAUAUGAGAAAAUAGUAACAUGCAUACUUCAAUUUCAGAUAUGUAGAUUAGGUACCUACAAAGGAGGAGGACAUCUGACAUAUAUUUCCCAAUAAAUUCUUCAGAAGAAGAUAAAAAAUCAGCUUGUCUGUAUCGAGGUUAAUAUGAGAACCUGCAAGCUCUAGCACAUAGAAGAAGAAAUGACAGCUGAAAACAGAACUGAGGAGUGUAAUGCUGAUUUGGAGAAGUCAUAACUAUCGUGUAUCUAGAGUUUGGCUUCUGAAGCACAAAGUGUAGUUCCACCAUGUUGUCUGAAGUGAAAUAGAAUGGGAAGGAAGAUUUUUUUUUUUUUAAUUAGGGAGGGUGGAAUUUAUGCAGAUAGAACACAGGAGGUAUAAGAAGAGGGAUUAGGAAGGCUGUUUUCUAAAUGAUAGUAUUAAAUGCAUAGCCUGAGGUAGGGAGUGGAGUAUAAGUGGUUUGAUAGAAGUGCUUCGUGAGUAAGCACUCUAGCAAGUGGGCAGAUACAUCUGACUUGAAAUCAGCAAAAGUGUUUGAAGUUUGGUACUUGGGGAAGGCAUACCAUUUUAUUCUUUCUGUUAAAGGGAAAAGAAUCAGGAAAAUUUGUCCAGAGAGAAGGUAGAAUCUUGCAUUGGUACAAAGCUGCCUAACCAGUUGCCUGAAGAGAGAACUGAGAAAAAGCAAAUUCCAAGGUAGUUCAGCAAUCUGAUUAGGAAAUAACUUGAUUCGUAUUUAAGCAAGCUCAUUUUUACUUCUGCAAUAAAAAGCUGAGACACUGAUUCAAAGUGCUAUGAAGACAUUUCCCUUUUUUGUGAAGCAUCUUCUAAUGGUAUGUAUAUUGUGGUUCUGUGUUCAGCUGCUUAGAAUAUAUGUUGAUAUAGCAAGGUUAAUGAAGUUCAGUGGGCUGCUUAGCCAGAUUACAAAUACUAAAAAUGUAUCACAGUAUUAAUAAAUCACCAGAAAAAGUAGUGCAUCUGGAAUACUGGAGUGUAAAGUAUCAUGUAAAACAACUGCGUGCACUGAGGAGAAGCAAAGCCCAUUCCCAUUUUGUAGCAAGAGCACAGGACCAUGAGAGUGGGAUUUGGCUUUGGUUUUGCACUGAGCUGCUGUGUUAACUUCAAUUUAGUUUCACUUUGCCUCGGUUUCCCCAGCUGUACCAAAACAACCCAACAACCUACCUCACAGGGGUGUUGUGAGGCCAAAGCUAUUCUCUGUCAAGGGCUGGGGCUGAUGGAAGGUGCUACAGAGGACUAAAAAUCUUUAUUGAAAGAUCUUUAUAAUAGCUUUCAUUACAGUAUUUUAAUGCUGCUUUGGGACAGGCUUAUUUCUACAGAAUGUAAUAUCUAUUUUAUUUAAGUGUUAUUGAAUUAGUAUCUAUGGGUAAGGAAAAAGUUCAGGCUGAGCACUCUAACUGGUAUUUUUUCUCUUCAGUUAGCUGUGCAACCCAAAUGAUGUACUGAUGAGCCUCUUUGUUUUUACGUGGAAUACACUAAAAUCAAUAUUGCUAUAUUUUGUAAACCCCGUGACUGAAAUAAAAUCCUGCUCACAGUUGAUAGCCACCUCUUAUGAUGUGGCUGUUUUUAAGUUUGUUCAAAUUAUGUGAACUAGAAACAUUCAUUCCUGGAAGUAUCUAUUUGUGUCAGGAGACCGAGGUGGUAGUUUGUGGUACAUUGGAAAUACAGGAGAGAGCGCAAUCUUCAGAACUUUUAAAGUCUGGUAUUAAGGCAGGCUGUGGAGGAAAAAGAUGAAGGGAAUAAAACAAAGGGAAAUAGUAGCCUGUGGAGAGGUUUCUAUGAAACAGAAAAAGGAAAAAAAUGAUCAGUAGACAGAGCUGAGAGGUAUGAGCAGAGGGAUAGGCAGGAGAGGAAGGAAUACAGCUACAGAAGAGGCGAUUACCCUAUUUACUAUUAUCUCCUGUUUUAUCAGUUGACUGCAGCUGAAAGAACAUGAAGAAAUAAUUUUUAUGCCCUUGUCUGCUGUUGCCGGUGAUUUCAGGGUUCAUUGCUCAGCUUGUACCGUGGGCCUCCAAAGAGAAGCAGAGAAUGUGAUGGUGGCAUGCGUGCAGACAAAUUAGACCUCUGGUGGGUACUGGGCAGAGAUGAGGCCCAGCAGCUAUCUGCUCAUACUGAUAUUUUUAUCACUGCAGCAUCUCUAAGACAGUUGCUAGUGCGUAUCAGCUGUGACAAUUCUCUGUCAGAAAUGAUUACUGUUAAAUUUCAACAGACUAUUGCAGUUGCUUCCAAGGAAAUGUUUAACUAGCUGAAUAAUAAGCACUAAAGAAUAACACAGGGCUUUUUGGAAUACUUAUGGUGGUGAUGAUUAUGAGUGAUACUGAGGUCAACAGAUUGGUAGGUGGCUUAAAAUGACUUUGAGGUAUAUAUCCUGUUAUAUGGUGGGGAGGAGAAUUACUGUAAGAUGGAUAUCAUCUAUUCUUUGCCCCUCUUAACAAACUACCUUGGUCUUACUGUCUUUCCAGCUACAAAGAGCUGCUUCUACCAUUCUCUUAUCACUUUCCUCCCUGUAUUUUUCUAAUAUGUCACUUUUUUUAAGGUGCUGAUGAAACAGCAAAUAUUAAUUAAGAGAAAUACAUGCUGUAAUAUUUUUCCAUAUUGUUCUGUCUUUAAUACAGCCUAACAUCUUACUCGCUUUCUUGACUGCAACUACACAUUGAGCAGAUGUCUUCAUCAAGCUGUCCAUGGUGAUGCCUAGAUCGUCCCCUUGAAAGAUCACAACUAAUUCAGAAUCCACCAGAGCAUGUAUGAGUGGUUUAAAGCCUUUCCAGUAUUCAUUGCCUUGGGUUUAUUUUCUGUUGACAUUCACUUGCCACUGAAUUGCCAAGUUUACAGAGUUAGCUUACCCUGGCAAUCACCAUCUUCCCCAGUGCUGACAAACCCAAUAACUUUCUCUGGGCCUUGGCUUUUGCCAUCCAGUAUACUGAACUCUUCAGUUUCAUGUAUAUAAUUCACUUUUCUUAGCAGUGAUUAUCAUGGCAUGCUAUUACUAACUUUUACUUGAUCUGACCUUUUCUGUUUCUUGUCUCCUAUCUUCUGUACUUAAUUUUUGUUUUAGCUUAGUUAUAGCAUUGAAGUCACCGAGUUAUAGCUGUCUGCUUUAUUUCAAACAACUUGCCUACAGAAAAUCACUAGUUAAAAUGUCAAAAGCUUCCUUUUUUUUUUUUUCUUAGAUUAAAACAAAUCACUUUUUCUGUAUCUCUUCCAGAGUAUGUACAACCAUAACAAAAUGAUUCAAACCAUAAAAACAGGCUGAUACAAGAGAACAAAUGCAUUGAGAAACAGGUAAAACAGACGUGAAUCUGAUCUCCCAGAGCUUAACUUCAUUGGUUUCGGUGGAGUUAUUCCUGUCACUUGAGAUCAGUUUCAUUAAAACUUGACUUGAGAUCUACUCACUUGAAGUCUAGAUAAAACGGCCAGAAUCGAGUACGAGUGAACAAGCCCCAUAGCGAACUUGUUUUAAAUUUCUGGAUUACUCUGCUCUUUGUUUGUGGCAGAGGUGAAGCAGGUGUGUUACUUGGUCUCUGACCAGCAACCCCAUGGGCUCAGCCACGCUUAGUCUAACUGGACAUUGAAAUUAGAUUACGGUAUUUGAGAUGAAGACGAGUGCAGCAACAGUGGGGGCUGGGCUUAGUCUUUGUGGUUUGUUUCAUCUCUUCACGUUCUCAUCUUGUACUUUAAAGAUCGCACAUGUGUAAAUAAGGUUAAGUCUUAAGUGCUGACUGCAUUUACCAGUAAUGCUACCUUUAGAAGUACAAAGGAGACUUUGUAAGGGAAGACUCAAGCCUAUUAGGAUGUCUAGGUUACCACUUAAGAACUGCCUUGUCUCAGUAUCAAUACUGUUAUCUAGAACAGCUGCUUUCCAGUAGUAAGGAUAUGUAGUUGAAAAGAAUGUACCUCAGAUUUUACAACUUAUUUGCGUGCAUCUGCUGGGCGUUCUGUUACAGCAGUUACUAGUACAGUACUCUGUCAAAAACAGUUGUGGCUGCUGGGGGUUUAUAAAGCUGGCAAAUGGGAGCUGAGGUUUUUUUGUUAAUUUUGAGGGAGCAGGGGGAGUAGCGCAGAUGCAGCAGUAUCUGAUAGUUGUUAGAAUGUAGUACUUCAUACCUUCUCCCACACAUCUAAGACUCAUCUCUGCUGCUACACUUGCCAAAGCACUGUCUUGCCACUGUAAAUCCUUACUGGGUUAUUUACUAACUACUCCGUAACCUUUUCUGACUGUGCACUGUGUCUUUAAUCUGGGAAUGAGGUAAAAGGCAAACUGGCUUUGUAAACUGGCUUGACUGUUUUCUGGAUAAUUGGCUCUGCUAAUUGCUUUUUCUGCAACUCAAAGCCCAGCAAAAAUGUCUUGAUUUGACCUUCCUUCACCCUCGAGUAUUCCCUUCAUCUUUUGUUCAUCUACAUUAUUAUGCCAAGGAUUUCUAGCCAGGUGCCUGCACUAUUCACCACUUAUUUAGAAAGCAGCUCUAUAAGCAAGAAUUCCAGAGUCUUGAUUGUGCUGCCUUUAUUCAGUCAGGGCUCUAGCAUCACAAACAUGGCUCAGUCUGUUGCAAAAUUGCUUGGCAAGUAAAUGUGAUCUCCUUGAAGGAUUUACACCUAGACCCUCAAAGGCUACAGGGGAGCCUGAUUCCCCCAGAACUCAGCAAAAUGAAGGCAGGAGUACUGGUCAUGGUACACCACAGUUCAGCUAGAAAGAGGAGUGCAGGUGCAUGACUGGUAAUAUGCUAGCUCAAAUGAAACUGUCUUAUCUGGAGAGCAGGGUCUAGCCUAAAGCUUUUUUAUUUUUUUAAUGAAGAGAUGACUGAGUGAAGAAGAGUAAGAGGACAUCCCUUUCAGUGAAAAAAAUUAUGAAACUGAAUGUUUUCAGCAAUGUACCAGAAUGUCUCACCACCAGACCUAAUGGGAAGAAAUGAAGAUAAAGCCAUUUGAGUGCUUGCUGUAGUGCAAAAGGAAGAAUGAUACUGUCUGGCUGGCAAAAUGGUUGGCUGGGAGCCCACUGAGCACAGCAGAAACUGUUUCAGCAAAGCAGAGUACAGUAUGAUCUAUUUCUGAGAAUCCCUGUGUGGCCCCCACAGUUAACACAGGAACCUAACGGUGCCUGUAUAUUUAUAUAAUUAUAUGUUUAUAGUCAUAAUUUAAGUUCAAAACCUGAACUAUAUAUAUAUUUUUUUGUCAGUAGAUUUUUUUACCCUGGUUUACCUAUCAUGGCUUCUGCAUAUGACAACUUCUACCUGUGCAGUGCACAUACCUGUUGUUGUCCUUUCAUCCCAUGUUAGAGUAAUGGUAUCAAACUCUGUAAAGCACUUUUGUGAUGUUUCCUGUGAAGAAAGUUGAAGAAAAUAAAUUUAUCUUAACAGCA